AUGGCGUCCGACGAGGAGAAGUCGCCCAAGUUCGACGCUGCCCCUGGCAGUCCCGACCUCAUCGCUGGGCAAGCCCGCGACAACGCGGAUGGCCUCCAUCGCCUUCUCAACAACCGACAGAUCCAGCUGAUCGCCGUUGGUGGCUCCAUUGGUACCGCGCUCUUCGUGAGUAUCGGUGGUGGCCUCGCCAAGGGCGGUCCUGGAAGCUUGUUCAUCGCUUACACCAUGUACUCUCUGGUCCUCGCCCUCGUCAACAACAGCAUCGCUGAGAUGAGCACCUUCAUGCCCGUCUCCGGUGGAUUCAUCCGUCUCGCCGGCCACUGGGUCGACGAGGCGCUUGGCUUCACUGCUGGCUGGAACUUCUUCUUCUACGAGGCUAUCCUGAUCCCCUUUGAGAUCACGGCCCUGAACCUGGUGCUCUCCUUCUGGAACAGUGACAUUACCAACCCUGGCCCCACGGCUGGCGUUUGCGCCGGUGUCAUUAUUUGCUACGCUGCUCUAAACAUCUUGGCUGUCCGUGGCUACGGUGAGGCCGAGUUCUGGCUCUCCGGCGGCAAGGUCAUUUUGAUCCUGAUCCUCUUCUGCUUUACCUUCAUCACCAUGGUUGGUGGCAACCCCGACAAGGACGCAUACGGUUUCCGCUACUGGCAGACCCCCGGUGCGUUUGCGGAAUGGAACCACACGGGCGACCUCGGCCGCUUCGAGGGCUUCCUCGCUGCCCUCUGGAGCGCCGGCUUCACCGUUGUCGGUCCUGAAUACAUCUCCAUGGUGGCUGCCGAGGCCAAGCGCCCCAGCAUCUUCAUCAAGGCUGCUUUCAAGACGGUCUACUACCGUUUCUGCUUCUUCUUCAUCGUCGGAUCUCUUGCUGUGGGCAUCGUCGUUCCCUGGAAUGAUAAGACUCUCACUGGCAUCUACCGUGACGGCGAAAUCGCUGGUGGCACCGCCGCUGCCUCGCCCUAUGUCAUCGCCAUGGAGAACUUGGGCAUUGGCGUUCUCCCCCACAUUGUCAACGCCCUGAUGCUCACCUCCAUCUUCUCAGCCGGUAACACUUACACUUACUGCGCCACCCGAUCCCUGUACUCACUGGCUCUCGAGGGCCGUGCUCCCGCCUUCCUCCGAAAGUGCACUGCCAAGGGUGUGCCCAUCUACUGCUUCUGCGUCGUCAUGCUGUUCCCCUUCCUGUCCUUCCUGCAGCUCAGCAACAGCUCGGCCAAGGUGCUUACCUGGCUCAUCAACAUCAUGACGGCCGGUGGUCUUAUCAACUACCUCAUCAUGUCCAUCACCUUCCUCCAGUACUACAGGGCCUGCCAGGCUCAGGGCUUCGACCGCAAGACUCUACCGUACUUUGGUUACUUCCAGCCUUACGGCACUUACAUUGCUCUGGCCUUCCAGACCAUUAUGGUCAUCUUCUACGGUUACGCCUCCUUCACUCCCUGGAGUGUUGAGAACUUCUUCUCCAACUACACCAUGCAGCUCGUGGCCCCCUGCCUCUUUGUCGCCUGGAAGGUUCUCAAGCGCACUACCUGGAAGAAGCCCCUUGACGUUGACCUGGUUUGGGAGCGCCCCCUCAUUGAUGCCUACGAGGCCACCUUCACUGAGCCUGCUGUGGGAUUCUGGACUGAGAUGGGUCAGCUGGUUGGACUAAGGCGAAAGAAGCAGGCGUCUAUUAGCGCAUAG